AAAUCCCCGGUGCACCCAGCGUAUGAAUCAAAAAAAAAGGUUGUUGUAAUCGACUUUCCGCCCUACACUACGAAACCCAACCCGGUCUCGGGAUCAGAUCAUGACGUCCUCGCCGGUGCUAUCUCUCUUUUCCCUGCAGGGCAAAACAGCCCUUGUGACAGGCGGCACCCGCGGAAUUGGGCAGGCGAUGGCCCAAGCGUUAGCUGAAGCGGGAGCCGAUAUCAUCCUUGUCCAAAGGGAUGAAAGCAACACUACGACUCGCGAUGCGAUAGUACAGAAGACCGGAAGAAAGGUCACCAUCCAUGUUGCCGAGCUGUCCGAUCGAGAGGCGGUGGCCCAAGUGAUACCGUCGAUUGUGAAAUGCGGUCAACAUGUGGACAUUCUGCUGAACUGUGCGGGAAUCCAGCGAAGGCACCCAGCUGAGAAGUUCCCGGAUGGGGAUUGGGAUGAGGUUCUCCAGGUAAACCUGACCUCGGUGUUCACCCUUUGCCGGGAGUUUGGGGCAUAUCUCUUAUCUCGUGAUGCAUCGACGUUCCAGUCCGAUCGACGAGGGGCCAUCAUCAACGUCGCAUCCCUGCUCUCAUUCCAAGGGGGAAUCACCGUCACCGCGUAUGCCGCGUCCAAGGGCGGAGUGGCGCAGUUGACCAAAGCGCUCUCAAACGAGUGGGCAUCUCGGGGGAUCUCGGUCAACGCAAUCGCACCGGGAUACAUCGACACGGAGAUGAACACGGCUCUUAUCAACGAUGCGGCGCGCAACGAUGGGAUUAUGGCCCGCAUACCGGCCGGGAGGUGGGGUAAACCUGAGGAUUUCAAGGGCGUGGUUGUGUUUCUUGCCAGCGAAGCCAGUGCGUAUGUCUCCGGGGAGAUUAUCUGUGUCGACGGUGGAUGGAUGGGCCGGUGAUCAUUUCCGGCCUGUCUGUGAUUGUCAGGCAAUGAGGAGGGUCAGUGAAGGAGGACACCUGGAGGAAAUUGUCUUUCGCUCGGCUUAACUGCCGGUUGUUAACUACGUGGACCAGUGGGAUAUCGUUUUCAGGAAGAGAUUGUAGUGUUCGGUUUCAACUCAUGUGUGAAACUACUGUCGAUUGGCAGCAUUCUGCGGAGGAGCAGUUGUAACUUAAGUGAUGUCACGAAGGCCCUUUUUCAAGUCUAGUCGCCAGUCGGGAAUUUCUCGCGUCAUUCAUCUUUUUUUUUUUGAUGCCCUGUUCCAGGCGCCUGGGCGGUGGGGAUACGCGGAGCAAGGGACAUCGGGGGCCAUCCGUUCUGCUUGAGCAAAAGAGUUAGUUAGAGCUGUGGCAACUUGAAACCGACAUUCUUCAGGGAAUCUUCUCUCAAUUGUCAGAGAUUCAGAAGUGCGGUGACCUUCAUCUUGCUAUCUGUCGAUCCAACUUUUGUC